CUCACUGAUCUCUAGUCCUGAUCAAUCAGCUGGACUUAAUGGCAUUUGCGCUCUGGAUAUGAUCUGUAACAGUGUGAUCGAUUCAUAACCUUCAUCUGAACACUCCUCUGAAUGCCUCACAGACAGCGUCCUGAGAGACAGCGGGACGAGUGGAAAUCAGGAAAUGAUGCAGAUCUCUAGAAAUCAUUAGCUCAGGUCUGAUGUGUUUGCUCACGGGGUCAAAGUGCAGAGCUAAAAGUUAGUCUCUGCAGACGUGGCUUUGACUUCUGGACAUAUUUAUAAGAGAUUUGUGAAGCUUGAUUGCUCUGAAUCUGGUGCUGAUGAUGGAGAGCGUGCAGCAGACGAUCACGAGGGUCUCUCAGGAGCUGAACUGCAGUGCCACGUCCCUCAGGGUGGCAGAACAUCUGGACCGACACGAUGAGCUGCGACUGCUGCGCCAGGAGUUCCUCAUACCUAAAAUAUCUGACCUGCCACCGUCGGAUUUGUCACUUGUGGAUGGUUCUGAAGAUUGUAUUUAUUUCGCUGGGAAUUCACUGGGUCUCCAGCCGAAAAACGCCAAAAAAUACAUCGAAGAGGAGCUGGAGAAAUGGGCCACAAUUGGUGUCCAUGGCCACCUGAAGGGGUCGCGACCUUGGGCCUGGGCUGAGGAUACCCUGGAGGAGCUGAUGGCAAAGAUCGUUGGUGCUAAACCAGAGGAAGUGGUUUUGAUGAAUGGAUUGACAGUCAAUCUGCAUCUUCUGAUGCUUUCCUUCUACAAACCGUCUCCAAAACGCUAUAAGAUUCUUCUAGAAGACAAGGCCUUUCCAUCAGACCACUAUGCCAUUGAAUCUCAGAUCCGGCUGAGAGGACUGGACGUGACCGACAGCAUGCUGAUCAUUAAACCAAGACAGGGUGAAGACACCAUCAGGACAGAGGAUAUCGUGUCGGUCAUCGAGCGGGAGGGCGACGCCAUCGCUCUGGUCAUGCUCAGCGGCGUUCAGUAUUACACCGGUCAGCUCUUCAACAUGGAGGCCAUUACCAGUGCAGGACACGCCAAGGGGUGUUUGGUAGGGUUUGAUUGUGCACACGCCGUAGGAAACGCUGAACUGCAACUUCACGACUGGAAUGUGGAUUUUGCGUGCUGGUGCUCUUAUAAGUAUGUGAACUCAGGGGCCGGUGGUCUGGCUGGAGCUUAUAUACAUGAGAAACACGCUCACAGCGUCAAACCCACUCUGAUGGGCUGGUGGGGACACAACCUGAAGACCAGAUUCCUCAUGAACAAUGAAAUGGAGCUUCAGCCUGGUGUUAAAGGAUUCCGUCUGUCCAAUCAGCCUUUUUUACUGGUGUGUCCACUACAGGCCAGUCUAGAGAUUUUUAACCGGACGAGUAUGAAGGAUCUGAGGAGGAAGUCGGUGCUGCUGACGGGGUAUCUGGAGUAUCUGAUCAGACAUUACUACACCAAAGACCCGUCAGCCCCCGACAAACCCUCGGUUCACAUCAUCACGCCCUCUGACCCCCAGCAGAGAGGCUGUCAGCUGUCUCUGUGCUUCUCUUGUCCAAUCAGAACUGUGUUUCAGGAGCUGGAGAAGAGAGGAGUCGCCUGUGACAUGCGAGAGCCCAAUGUGCUGCGGGUCGCUCCAGUGCCGCUCUACAACUCCUUCACCGAUGUUCACCGCUUCAUCACUGCUCUGGGAUCAGCGCUGAGCGCCAGCGGAGCCAAAUAGACACAUUCUAUUGGUGCAGCACGAAGCAUUUUUAUUGGCUGCUGUUGCUCUGUGAAGCUGCUCGUUAACAUGACGAGAGCAUCAGUGUCCAUUACUGAUGAAUCAGUUUUAUAUGCAAUUGUUUGCAAAAUAGCCAGUAAAUGUUUUUCUUCACAUCAGCUAAUGAUCCAAGGAUUGCAAAUGAUUUUGUGCCAUUAAUUUGAAUAAAAGUUAUAUUUCCUCAUAGAGUUUGUGUAGAACAGUUAAAAAACUGAUUUAAUGUGCAUGCUGAAAUUAGUCUUUGUUCAUCAAACAAAUAAUUCUGUUCAAAUGGUUUGGUUUGUACUGAAAUUAAAAAUUAAAUUCAAAUGUUAAUAAUAAAAAAACUACAACAGUA